UUUUAGCUCCUACCUCUACAUUCAUUGGUUAUGGAGUAUUUCUUUUAUGUUGAAAUCAUUAUGUAUUUUGUUCGAUAAAUCGUAAAAAGUCGCUUAUGUUGGAGAAUAUUACUUGUUUACAUCACAAUACUAUUGAAAAAACAAACUUUUACCUUUCAGAAAAAAGAAAAUUCUGUUUCAGUUCUUUAUUGCUGCAGCUGGUCCUUAAUGUUUUCUCUUGGGUGAAGCUUCAAAUUUCAGAAGCAAAUACAUGAUUAUGAGACCCCAAAGUCCACACCAUGUAUUUAAGGAAGAGACAUCCUAUGGCCUCUUUUGCUAAGUGGUAGAAAAUGGUAGAAGGGAAAAGGAGUUUGGAGGGCUUUUCUUCUGAAGGAUGUAAAAGACCUACAAGAUAUUUUGAAGAUAAAUAUAGCUUACUGUAAAAGGUACGAAGAUGGAAUUAGAUCUUGGGCAAAUCACACUGAUAGGAUCCACUGAUUGGCUAGCUACGAAGAUGGAAUUAGAUCGUGGGAAAGUCACACUGAUAGGAUCCACUAUAUGUCUCAUGCUGACUAUGCAUUUCAGUAUACAGCUAGUGACAGAACAUUUUAUGUCAUGGAAGAAGCCUAAAGAGCAAAAGGCCAUAAUCAUCAUCGUCCUCAUGGCACCCUUGUAUGCUAUUGACUCCUUCAUUGGGUUGAUUGAUUUCAUGGGAAGCAAACCCUUUUUCACUUUCUUGGAUUCUGUCAAAGAAUGUUAUGAAGCAAUUGUGAUGGCUAAGUUCCUGGCAUUGAUGUACACUUACUUGAACAUAUCCAUAAGCAAAAACAUUGUCCCUGAUGAAAUUAAGGGAAGACAAAUUCACCACUCAUUCCCAAUGACACUCUUCCAGCCUCACACUGCUCAUUUGAACCAUCAUACGUUGAAGCUUCUCAAGAACUGGACAUGGCAGUUUGUUGUGAUUCGCCCUGUAUGCUCCAUCCUAAUGAUUGCUUUACAACUUCUUGGAGUGUACCCUAGUUGGGUUAGCUGGACCUUUACUAUGAUCUUAAACAUAUCCGUUUCACUGGCUUUGUAUUCUCUUGUGAUUUUCUACCAUGUCUUUGCAAAAGAGUUGGCACCUCACAAGCCACUAGCCAAGUUCCUGUGUGUCAAAGGAAUUGUCUUUUUCGUUUUCUGGCAGGGUAUUCUGCUUGAGAUUCUUGUAUCACUAGGCAUAAUCAGAUCACAACAUUUCUGGCUUGACGUGGAGCAUAUUCAGGAAGGUAUUCAGAAUGUACUAGUGAUUGUGGAGAUGGUUUUCUUUGCUAUCUUUAUGCGUCAUGCAUACAGUGCUGCGCCAUAUCGCCAAGAAGCUGUUACAAGUUCAGGAGAUAAAAAGAAAGAGUGAUAAUGCAACAUGUAUUAAUGUUGUAAAAAUCAUCUUCAGACAUCGUAUCUUCUUCCUAUUGCUUGUAUGUUAUCCUGGACUUGCUUGUUGAUGUAUACUAGAUUCUUCUAUUAAAUAAUGUAUCCUCAAUGGAGUUAGAAGUAUGCAGAAAUUGAUGGAGUAAGUAGAACUACAGUUUAAUCAACAGGCAGUGUAGUUGUACCUUGCACCUAUUUCAAGAUAUGUAGAGAUGAAAAAAGAUCUUAUUAGAACUAAACAGAUCCACUAGAAUAUAUUGUGAGAGUUACUUA